CGUCCGCCAUUUGAAGUUUUGAACCUUGCAUCUCCCCACUCCUAAAACCCUAACCCUCUUACCCCUCCCGUAAUCUUUGAUACCCUAACCCUAAGAUCUGCAAAAAUCUGUAACAAUGUCGAUGUCUAAGGGUUCCAAGAUGCUCCAGUUCAUCAAUUACCGUAUGCGAAUCACGAUCCAAGACGGGCGCCAGCUAGUCGGCAAGUUCAUGGCCUUCGACCGCCACAUGAACCUUGUAAUCGGAGACUGUGAAGAGUUCCGUAAGCUUCCUCCGGCGAAAGGUGCGAAGAAGAACGAAGAACGCGAGGACCGCCGCACUCUUGGCCUUGUUCUUCUGAGAGGAGAAGAGGUAAUCUCUAUGACCGUUGAAGGCCCUCCGCCGCCUGAUGAAAAUCGCGCUAAAGCCGUCGGAGCUGCAGCGUUGGCCGGCCCUGGUCUCGGUCGUGCUGCUGGCCGUGGAAUCCCUACUGCUCCUUUGAUUCAAGCUCAACCAGGUUUAGCUGGACCGGUUCGGGGGAUUGGUGGGCCAGCUCCUGGUAUGAUGCAGCCGCAGAUUUCUCGACCGCCUGUUCCGAAUAUGUCUGCUCCGCCUAUGAAUUACCCGCAGGCUCCGGUGAUCCGACCUGGACAAAUGCCAUACCCUGGACAGGGCCCUCCUCCUCAGAUGCCUCGUGGACCACCUCCACAGAUGCCACCCCAGUUUGCUCAACGGCCGCCUGGUCAGUAUCCACCUCCGCCAGGGCAAUAUGGACAAAGACCUAUGGCUCCACCGCCUCAGAUGAUGAGGGGUCCGCCACCACCAGGGGGAGCGCCACGACCUGGUAUGCCUGGUCCGCCUCCCCCUGCUCGACCUGGAAUGCAGAUGCCAGGUUUUGGACCUCCUCGUCCUGGGAUGCCGCCUCCACCAAGCAACCAGCAACAACAACAGCAGUAGUAGCUGAAAUUGUGUUUGCAGGGUGGUUUUCCUUUUUGGCAGGCAUGUGAUGUGAAGUUGUUGGGAAGGAAGAGGUUUCAUGCUUAUAAACUGUAGCAACUUUGAUAGCAUUGGCCCUUGUGUUUGGUAAUGGUUAUAUAGGUUUGUAUGAGUAAAGAGGUUACAUUCAUUGCUUAGACUUUUAUGACUUAUGAGUACUUAUGUUUAUGUUCCCUUAAAUGUCAUUUUUCACAAGAGUUCAUAUCCUUUAAAUGUCA